AUGGAUGGUGUACAUCAUCUCGUUGACGACUAUGACAUUGAAAAGGUUGCGUCAGCCCCUCAGCUCUCUGCUGAUGACGUGGCAGCAGGGGAUCUGUCGCUGGACUGCAACCGUUUCCUGAUUGGCCAAAGCAUGUUCAACGACCGAGCGAGCGACCAUGAGGAGGGGAUCACGUGGCUGCGGUCGGCCAUGCGUAUUCUGUGGGUGGCUCGGGAGAGGCGUGCUGAGGCUGCUGCAGUUGAGAGGCCCAACACGAAGCAGUACAUCGUGCAUUUAUCGUCGGUGCGGUCAGUGCUGUCAUACCGGGGGGGAGUCAAUGGGCUGCGGGCCACAGCGACUGUCGACGAUGAGGAGGACGACGCCAUUCGUAGCACGCCAGCAGCAGUGCUGACGGUGCAGCAGCUGAGUGCACGUGCCGCUCGCAUCAUGCGAACAACGCCGUGGGGCCGACUCACGCGACCCGACGUGCGGUUACCACACGUCCAGGCCUUCACCCGCUUCCUGGAAGCUUCUCACCGCAGCCUGCUACAGUCGCUCAAGAUCCCAUCCUCAGCCAUUUUCCAUAGCUACACAUAUCUGAUGAACCGCUUUGCAGCGCAACUGACUGCUUCUGAAGCAAGGCGCCUCAAAUUGCACCCAGCAGUGGCAGAGGUGGAGAGAGACCAGAUAGUGGAAGUGGCCUCGGUGCACUCCCCUGAGUUCCUCAAGCUUGAUUCGAGCCUGUGGCCAGCGAAUGGUGGGCAGAGCAAUGCGGGAGAGGGAGUGAUCAUUGGAGUGAUCGACUCGGGGAUCUGGCCCGAACACCCCUCCUUCUCUGACCCUGACACAAGCGGAGUGGCUUACUCCACUGCCCCGGUGCGUUGGAGAGGCGUGUGCACCAAAACAGACGACUUCACGACGUGCAGCCAGAAGGUGGUUGGAGCGAGGAACUUCUUGAAGGGAGUGGAUUGGCCAGCUGAACAUCUACGCACCAUUUCCUCUCUUCUCUUCCCUGACGCCCGCACCUCCCCUUCUCUCCUCCUCUUCCCCCAGGACACAAGCGGAGUGUCUUACUCCACUGCCCCUGUGCGCUGGAGAGGCGUGUGUAGCACAACAGACGACUUCACUGUGUGCAGCCGCAAGGUGGUUGGAGCGAGGUAUUUCCUGAAGGGUGUGGAACGGGCGUUUGGCCAAGUGAACACCAUAGACAAUUACCGGUCGCCACGGGACAUGCAGCAGCACGGCACGUGGUGCGCUGGAGCUGCUGCCGGAAAUGCAGGUGUGGAGGUGACAGUAGGCGGGCGGACCUUUGGCACAGCCUCGGGCAUGGCACCAAGGGCCAGGCUGGCAAUAUACAAGGCGCUGUGGAUGAUGUAUGGGGUGAAGGGAAAAGGAGCGACUUCUGACCUCAUUGCUGCUGCGGAGAAGGCUGUAGCUGAUGGUGUGGACGUGAUCUCGUGCUCGUGGGGAGGUCUUGCCCUGUACUUUCAAGACCUGCCGUACCUGCGAGGGCUCAAGGCCGGGGUGGUCACGGCCUUUGCAGCCGGCAACAAGGGUCAACCCAAACGCAUGAACAUGCAGGGCACUCUUUCGAGUGCGUCUCCCUUCUAUCUCACAGUGGGAGCAAGGUACAGAUGGAGUGGGAAAGAAGAGGAGCACUAUGGGGAGGGAGUACACGGCGGUGCUGACUCUGGGCAAUGGAACCACUUCCCUCUCCACCUGCCCAUCCACCCCCACCGCGCACCACCACUCCCCACUGCUCCCCACCGCAGCACCAUGGGGCGGGAUUACACGGCAGUGCUCACCCUGGGCAAUGGAACCACCUUCACAGGGCGCAGCUUCGGCGGCACCGCUGCCACGGCUGCACCUCUGCCCCUCGUGCUCGCUGGGGAUUACACCACUGUGGGCCUCCCAGACGAUCCCCACAGCCACGCUUUCUGCUUUCAACGUCUCCUACUCCACUUAUCACUCCCUCCCCCUUUCCACCUUCCCUUUUUCCCCAUCCCCUCCCCUUCAUGUCAAUGCAGCCCCACUGCAACACUUUCCGCUUUCACUGUCUCCUAUGCUACCAAUGCCCCCCAAGUCGCUUACUUCUCUUCCACUGGCCCGCCGCGCAGCCCACUCUACCCUCCCGCGCUUCUAAUCCGCGACUAUCCCACUAACGACAUCCUUAAACCUGACGUCGUUGGGCCGGGGUUCCAACUAUGGGCAGCAGGUCCGGGUAAAUCAGCUGCCACCGCUGCGACCGACCCGCCGGAGUUUGGUUACAAGUCCGGGACGUCAAUGUCAACGGCACAUUUGGCGGGGAUCAUGGCGCUGAUCGUGCAGAACAAGCCGAGCUGCAGGGAGAGGGAGGAGAAGGGGGGGGGGGGGUGGGACGGGGUAGGGGCUGUGCAUGGGGCUGCAGAUGCGCGUGCAGAGGGCAGCAGGGCACACGGGGCGCACAGGACAGCAGGGCAGCAAGGCGCGCGGGGUGCACAGGACAACAGGGCGCGCGUGGCGCGCAGUGCUGCAGGGCGUGCAGGGCGCGCAGGGCAGCAGGGCAGCAGGACAGCAGGGCGCGCGAGGCGCAGAGGGCUGCAGGGCGCGCGGGGCGCGCAGGACAGCAGGGCGCGCGUGGCACGCAGGGCUGCAGGGCGCGCGGGGUGCGCAGGGCAGCAGGACAGCAGGGCGCGCAGGGCUGCAGGGCGCGCGGGGCGCACAGGGCAGCAGGGCAGCAGGGCGCGCGGGGCGCAGCAGGGCUGCAGGGCGCACGGGGCGCACAGGGCAGCAGGGCAGCAAGGCGCACAGGGCUGCAGGGCAGCAGGGCGCGCGGGGCGCGCGGGGCGCACAGGGCUGCAGGGCGCGCGGGGCGCACAGGGCUGCAGGGCGCGCGGGGCGCGCAGGACAGCAGGGCACGCGUGGCGCGCAGCGCAGGGCGCGCAGGGCAGCAGGACAGCAGGGCGCGCGGGGCGCGCAGGGCUGCAGGGCGCGCGGGGCGCACAGGGCAGCAGGGCAGCAGGGCGCGCGGGGCGCACAGGGCUGCAGAUCCCCUCCCCCCCACUGCUGCACCCGCAGCAGGGGGAUGGAGGAGAAGGGGGGGGGGGGGGGGGGCGGUGGGGGGCUGGUGCUGCAGAUCCCCUCCCCCCCCCUUGCUGCACCCGCAGCAGGGGGAUGGAGGAGAAGGGGGGGGGCUGGGGGGGGCUGGUGUUGCAGAUCCCCUCUGAGGAGAAAAACUCUACAACGGUGGUGAGCUAG